AUGGAUGAUAAUAGUGACUCGGAAAUCCUGUUGACAAUAGGAAUAUGCGCAAUGGCAAAAAAAGCUAAAUCUAAACCUAUGAAAGAAAUCCUUAGAAGAAUGGACAAAUUCCAGCAUAUCAGGGUCAUUGUCUUUGAAGAAUUUACAAUUCUGGAAGAGCCUAUUGAGCAAUGGCCUAUUUGUGAUGCCCUAAUUAGCUUUUAUUCUGGGGGGUUUCCUUUGGAAAAGGCUAUUGCCUAUUCAAAGCUCAGAAACCCAUAUCUUGUAAAUGAUUUGGAGUUUCAAUAUAUAUUGAUGGAUAGAAGAAGAGUAUAUGAAUACCUAAAAAAGGAAGGUGUACCUGUUCCUAGAUAUGUUUGCGCAGAUAGAAGUGUAGGCUCUGUUGAAGUUGUUGAACAUGAUGACACUAUAGAAGUAAAUAAUGAAAUAUUUCAUAAGCCUUUUGUUGAAAAGCCUUUGAAUGCAGAGGAUCACAAUAUUUAUAUUUAUUUCCCCAGCACUGCUGGGGGUGGUUGUCAAAGACUUUUCCGAAAGGUUGGUGACCGGAGUAGCAAAUACUUUCAAGAUAGUUUCAUCCGUAGAAAUGGUUCCUACAUGUAUGAAGAAUUCAUGCCUACAGAUGGAACUGAUGUCAAAGUAUAUACCGUAGCUGAUGACUAUGCUCAUGCAGAGGCUCGCAAGUCCCCUGCUUUGGACGGAAAAGUUGAAAGGGACCACGAGGGGAAGGAAGUCAGAUAUCCCGUUAUCCUCACGCCAAGAGAAAAAAUAAUUGCCAAAAAGGUAGCCAAAUCUGUUCGUCAACAAAUUUGUGGUUUUGACUUACUACGAGCUAACGGAAUGUCUUAUGUAUGUGAUGUCAACGGGUUUUCUUUUGUCAAAAGUAGUCGAAAAUAUUAUGAUGAUUGCAGCCACAUUCUCGGGAUGAUGAUCACUAGAAAGUUAGCUCCUCGCUUAUGUGUACCUGCAAUUGCUCAUUUAUGUCCAGGAGCCUCAGCUGAUACUCCUCUUGUUCCAACCACUUGUGGAACAAUAAUGGAGCUACGGUGCGUUAUUGGUGUUAUCAGACAUGGGGAUAGAACACCGAAGCAGAAGAUGAAAAUGGAAGUGAGACAUGAAAAGUUUUUUGCACUGUACCAUAAAUAUGCCAGCGGAUGGAGUAAUGAAUUGAAGCUCAAGAAGCCAACUCAAUUACAAGAAGUUCUAGAUAUAGUUCGUUCUCUUUUGGAUGAUGUCGAAACUGGAAAAAAACAGGAUCCAGAGGUAGAAGAAAAGCGGGCAAAAUUUGAACAACUAAAGUGA